GGCGGGUCACAAGGGAGUAAAUUGAUCAUUGGGUUGUGACAAAGUUCCAUCUGAAUUUUUGAUUUAUCAAUAACCAAUCUCAUCUACACACAGGAUAAGCCAUCAUCACAAACAUGUAUAUUCGAUCCGUCCACGCGGAAAGAGAUCUCCGUGUCCUUCGAAAGUUGAUACACGAUAACCCUCUUGGGUUUUUGACCACUGCAAUUCGAUCGUCCUCGCACCCUUUCCUUCAGACAAGUCAUAUCCCGUUCGUUUUGGAUGUCAAUGAUGAGUCUAGCGAGAUUGAACUUGGGCGGUUGAGAGGACAUCUUGCUCGACAAAACCCACAUAGCAAGGCAAUGAUCGAGGUACUGACUUCAACGCCCAAAUCAGCGAAUUUUCUUGAGGAGGAAGUCCUCGUGUUGUUUAAUGCCCCAGCCCAUCACUAUGUCACACCAAAAUUUUAUACAGAGACAAAGCCUGCUACAGGUAAAGUGGUACCAACAUGGAAUUAUGCAGCGGUACAAGCAUACGGCAGAGCCAAGAUAUUCUUUGAUUCUCGCUCGGACACGACGUCGAUGUUUUUACAGAAACAAAUAGAAGACCUGAGCCACCACAACGAGACCGUAACUAUGGGUUAUACAGGAGAAGCCGGUCGUCCGUCUGAAUGGAAAGUUUCGGACGCUCCAGAACGCUACAUUCAGUUACUUAAGAAGAAUAUUAUUGGCAUCGAGAUUGAAAUUCAUCGUUUAGAGGGCAAAUUUAAGAUGAGCCAGGAGAUGGGCCAGGGGGAUCGGAAAGGUGUUGUCGAGGGCUUUGCGAAGGUAGGUUCGGACACAGCAGACUGGAUUUCAGACACAGUUGGUCGGUGUGCGAGGUAAAUUGAAGGGUUUCUAGAAGAGCGCGAAAGCUAGAUUAACACGAUAAAUCAGUACGCAAUGAUUUCCUUUUUUAAGUAUCAUGAUUUAAUUCAGAGUUCCGCCAAAAACGUCGAUCAAGUGGGCAUCGGGGAACAUUUCGACUGCCAGCCACUGCUCUGAAUUCUUGGAAUUGCGGAUACUAGACGAACAAUUAUGUAGUAAUUUAAUUGAUGGUGACACGAUAACAUGUCCAGAAUAUGGGUAUUUGAGGGACUAGUUGUUAUGGAUAUGAUCUGACGAAAUGGACACUAUAGCAACCUAUUUGUAUACCGAAGUAGGCAAAUAAUCCACAUAAAGUGCCUCAUAAGCUACGACUUUUUCUUGACAUUCAGUUCCCAGUGGCA